ACUGCUGCCAGUUUUGAUAAAGGGGGAGCUUUCCAUCACGUUCCUUCCUGCAGGGUGGGCACACAUACAUACACACACACACACACACAAACACACACACACACACACACGCACCACACUGAGCACUGCAGUCUUGACUUUAACUGAACAGCCUGAACAUGGCGAGUGGACGCAUGGCGCGAGUGGAAUGCGAGGGAGUGAGUGUGUUUCUGCUGCUGGUCCUCGCUGCACUUCACCACACUGUGAAAGCGGAGGAGAAGAUGUUGGACAUGGCUCCUGAUGCAGUAGACGACGACUUCUCAGACUGUCGAGACAAAAUGCUGAAGGUUGUUCAAGACGACUUGCUGCAGAAGGAACUCGCUGCUGAGGAACAGUUUAAGGAAAUCUGGAGUAAAAACAGUAAAAUAUGCAGGAAGAUGAUUUCUGGUGGAACACCUCUUCACACGGAUGCUCUACAGGCUUAUGGGAAUUCUAAGACAACUUUUAGAAAAAAGUUCAACGAUUUAGUUUAUAGCAAAGGAAACAACAACAUGACCUACAGAGAGAAAUUUAACUUCAAGUCUCUGCACUUUCUCCUAACAGACUCUCUGAGACUGCUGAAGCCUGAAAACUGUAGAACUGUGUACUAUGGCACUAGUAACAUAUACACAGCAGUUCCAGGAACCCAGGUCCGAUUCGGAAAGUUCAUCAAACCCACAUUCAAAAAGAGCUCUGCAACUGAAUUUUUAGAAGAUGAAGGUUCCUUGUUCAUUAUCAAUUCCUGUUCUGUGGUUAAUGUUGAGGAGAACACGUGUAAAAGUGAGGAAAUUGAGGGUCUUAUUUCUCCAGCUGAGGUCUUCACAGUGCAGAAGGUUGAAGGUUCUGAGUACAGAGAAAUCACUUUAAAUCACUCACGCUUUCUCAGCAAUCAUCACUGCUCCUUCUUCCACAGGAACGCCGCAGAUGUGGAAUCCUCCAGCUCUCUGACUCUUAUUCUUCUGGCACUGCUGGCCUGCUUGUGGACUCAGCUGACCGAGACGGCUGGACUCACCUGUUCGUUUCUAUGAAUUUAUUAGUAGUGAGAUUAGAAGAGCUUGCCUCUCAUGGGUUCUCAGCUUGAUUCUCUCUCAAUUUUAUUUCAUCCAUGAUAAGAAGUACAGGACGCGGUCUCAGAUAAUGACAAAUAAGAAUCAGAUGAUGUAAAGGAAUAAAUCCUUCUCUUGUAUCAUUAACAGCACAGUCCUCAGCUGUAGUAGGAGCUGUGUUAGAGCAGGAACAUGUAUAUGGAACAGUUCUACUAUAAAUCAUCAGUUCUAAAGAUCUCAGCGCUGCUGUGUCACAGAUUUGGAAAACACUGCUAACCUGAUGAGUUUAUUAUGAGUUAACUCUUUGACGUAAGAAGACAGGAAGUAUGACCGAGAAGAAGGAAAGAGGGAAGGAACUGGCCAGGAGUUAUUUGAGUUGCAUUUAAAGAACAUUUAAAGAAGUUUUGUUUGAGAACUUUUGUCUAUUGAGACAUGUCUCUGAAAUUCAAAUUAAAGAAAUUACA